AUGGUGUUUGUUCCGAUUGUAUACUUCUUCUACCCCGAGACCGCGAACCUGACCCUGGUAGAGAUCGACUUCCUCUUCACGGAGCGUACACGACAUCCCUCUUUAAUGUCACGUGCAGGAGAAAUGAUCAUGAUUGGGGAUGGGUGGGGGGAAGAUGGAGGGGAUGGAAGAAGCGUUCGUCCGGAUGAGAGCUAG